AUGGCGUCCAGAGAAGCCAGUCCGGUGGGAGGAUCUGACGUGAGCAGUGGCGACGACGUCGCAAACGACGCCCUCCACUCUUCUCAACGCCCGAAGAGAGAGACCAGCGCAGAUUCCUCGAACUUGCAAUCUCUCGACGAGCACUCCGACAAUGACGCUCUCCACCCACACAGAUCCCGGCCGUACGCGGGCUUUUCCACGAGCUUCACGAACGACUCCUUUGGCCAGCCCCUGGGCAACAGCACGACGUUUGCCUCGACGCGGCCCUUCAACAGCUAUCAAGCCCCCACCGACGUGGAGCAGUUCCUAUCGGGGCCGCCAGUGGCGAAUCAGACCUUUACCCCCAGCUCCUUCCACCGCGGCACCGAUACCCUGCACGUGAGCGCCAACUCUAGCUUUGUGUCCAUUCCAAAGACGGAGUCCAACUCGGUUGAUGUCUCGGCGAGCACGUCUCCCCACCACACGAAUGCGGUGCCGUCCAUCGUGGCACAGCCGCAGGGACAGGCGAGCUCCUCUUCCUUCACCGCACACCCUUUGACUGCUACGACGCAUCAAGACCCGAAGAGCAACGCCGCCUUUUAUGCUUCGGCGACUUCUUCUUUGGUUGCACCGUCUCGGCGUUCCGCCGUCGCGCACGGGGACAGUGGUGGCAUCCUCACGGCGACCCAAUCGAGUCCUCUCGUGUCGAGCUCGAAGCCACCCAUCCCAACUGUCACGAAGUCCGCCUCCAACCCCGGCACCGCCGCGCCUCUCCCGACGAAACCGGCAAGUCUCACGGUGAAGGCGCCUUCCAUGUUGGUGGCAACGACCUCCUCCUCGUCAGCGUCGGGCAACACCGGUACUGCCGGACUUGUAGCCCCGCGCUCGCCGCAGCGCCGCAACUCGAACGGCACGUUUCCACCCACCUCGCCGGUCGGGGGGUCUCCGGUCGGACCCGCGACGAUGCCCGCCGCCGCCGGCAGCGCACGCCCGGGGUCUCCAAGUAUGCAUCUCGCGCGCACCACUUCCAGUCACUCGUUAAACUCACACUUUAGUGACCUUACCUCGCCGUCUCCGAUGCUCAACGGUGGCGCGGCGGCGCAGGCGGGCUACAGUCCGAUGCAACGUAAUGGCGCAAGCCCCAACUUUGGCACCCAGACCUCCCUGAACCACCACCGGUACCCAUCGGUGCUCGCGUCGUCGUCUUCCGUUGUGUCGCCGACGCAGCGGGAGCCGGGGAUGGCCCACAGCCGCUCCGAGAGCGGGUCUCGCCACCUCUUCGGCGACCGCGGCAACGCCACCACCCUCUCGACCGCCGCGGCGCCGCAGCCGUACAGUUUCGACUCGCUCGCCGGCACCGGGCGGCGUUCGCCAUCGCGGUCGAGCGGGCCGGCGCUGAGUGUCGGGUCCCGUCAGCGCGGUGUCGUGCGCGCUACGGAGUCAUCGCCGGGCACGACCGGCACGCACACCUCCAGCCGCUACACACCCUCGGGCAGUAGCGGCGGCAGCAGCAGCGCCAUCCAGCCGCUAUGGCUGAGUGCGGUGGAGCGGAUGAAAUCGAACCGCGGCAACGACGACCUCGCCCUCUACGACCCCGUCCUCCCGUACGAUCAGAGUAAGCUAGGGAUGCAGACCCGACAGGCCGGCCAACAGGGAACGCUGACAGCUGGCAAACUGCGCGCUCUGGAGGCGCAGCACGCGAGCGCUUUCAAGAGCAACGACCGCAGCGGUCUGCAGCCGCUUGUCGCCUACAGCGUGGCGGGAGGCCGACCAAACUCGCCGACGCCGCGAUUGGGGACGCCGUCCCCGACGCGGAUGCCCACGUUAACCGCGCAGGAGGAGGCGAUUCAGACCACGGCGCGGUACGGUCGUGCUCUCUCCGAGCAGAGCGGUAGCCGUCGCACAGGGCACAUCCGGUCGACAGCCAACGGCGGCGGUGUGAGCGCCUACGGUGGCGGCCGCCACGCCGUCACGGCGAUGCCGAGCACCUUGCGUGGGGCGACAGGCAGCAACAGCGGCGUCAUCACGGCUUCGGAGACGGUGACGAACGGGAGCAACUUCGGCAGCGCCACCGGCACCUUCACGUCCCGCUCCGAGCAGGGCGGCCUCCCUGGCUUUCUGCACGGGUCGUUGAACUCGAAGAUCGGCACAGCGGAGCACAGACUGGCAAAUCUGUUUCAGAUGCGGUCAGCCUCCAACGCCGCGGGCUUGCACGCCAAGGAAACGUCAGGGGGUGGGGUGGGGACCGCCUCCCUCGGCUCCGGAAACGGGGGCGGGAGCAGCAAGGGGGUGCUGCGUGCCAGCGAAGAGCAGAAGGCCGUCACGCCACGUACAUCCGGUGGCAGUGCGGGGGCCGGUGGCGGCGGUGGCGGUGGCGGUGGUGGUGGCGGUGGUGGUGGCGGUAGCAGCAAUAACAAUAACAGUAGCGGCAACAAUGGGCGAAAGAUGCACUCGAAGCGUGGAGACAUGGGCAACCCUGCCCCGACCCAGUCGAAGGAGUUGAAGAAGCAGAUGGACGCCGAGGGCGACGAGGACGAGCGCGAUGAGCGCAACUUCCGCACACGCAACAUCAACGCUCUGCACGCCAUCCCGUGGGAUCAGCGCCGGCAGCUGCCCAUGACCGGCUUUGGUACCCGCUUCUUCGCCCUGCUGAGCACACCGCGGUUUUGGGAGAAGCUGGACUGGGCCGUCCGCGGCUCUCUUCUGACGGUGCUGCCGACGAUGGUGCUCGCUCUUGAGCCGGCCACGACGAACCAGUUCCCCAUGGCCUCCUCCCUGGCCUUCAACGCCUUCUGGAUCACCAUGCCCACCUUCGGCAGCGGCCUGCGUGAACUCAUUAUCGCCCUCAAAGGCUUCUCAUUUGGGCUCAUCUUUCUCAUCAUCGUCGUCGCCAUCCAGCCGGGCCCGGACUGGCUGCUGCUGCUAUUGCUUUUCGUCUUCACGCUCUUCUCCUCUUUUGUUGCUGAGGAGACAAAGAAGACGACGGCCUACGUGUUGGCCUCCACCAUCAUGCAGUACCUCACCGACCACACAGGCACCAACUUCCACUACGUCGGGCAGUACUACGAAGGGCUCCUCAUUGCACUUGCCUUUGGCACGGCAGCCUUCCUCGUGCCUUUCAUUCGCUGGUCGAGCGACAUCGGCCGGCACUACAUCAAGGCGAUGUCCAACAGUCUCAGCAUUGGCCUGCAGGGCACGCUGUCGAGCUUCUGGGUGCGCGCCCCGCUCGAGCGUGAGCUGAAUGUGAUGCGCCUGCGCCAACUCCGCGCCACCGCUGAGAAGUGCAUCGGCAAGAUCGAGACGGCGCUGGACGAGUCCGGCUACGAGCCGCACACCGGCGCCUACAUGGCCUGCAUGACAAACCGCUUCAACUUUUGCAAGUCCAUCCACAACAUUCUCGGCUCCCUCAACCACGUCGUGGAGCUCAUCGCAGACAACCCGAGCUCCGUCGACACGCCGAUGUGCAACGCGUUUGGCGAACAGAUUGGCGACGACUUAGCGAUCAUCUCCUCCGCGAUGGACAGCAUGGUGCUGAAGAUCUGCGACUUUGAGCGCAUUGUCACGCCGCAGGAGAUUCAGUUCUUUCGUGAGGCACGCGAGCGCUUCCAGGAGGCGGUCUCCCGCGUGCGUGAGGACGUGGUCUUGACCAACGAGAACUACGAAACCGACGAGUCCGACAUCCUGCUCGGCUUCUUCAUGUUUAGCGUGGACGAGAUGUGCGAGGUGAUCAGCCAGUUUGAGGAGACAGCAAACCCGCCGAGCACGUUCCGGAACGCGCUUCUCUUCCCCGUUCGCGACGUCAAGAGCGUCAUCUCCGCCUUCAAGAACCUCGCCCUCACCGUCGUGCGCCGUCGCACCAUCCCGCGUCGUCUGAAGGAGGCGAUCAAGCUAGCGGUGUGCAUGGUGCUGCCCUGCAUUUUCCAAGUGUACGCACUCGGCAACGACUCCGUCAGCCCCAUGGCGGGUGCGUCGGUGAUUGCCCUCAUUUACAACCCAACCGGCUCCGAGAGCUUCCACUACGCCUCGGGGCGUCUGCUCGGCACCGUGCUGGGCUCGAUGGCGUCUUUGCUUUCCGUGCAGAUCGCUGACGGCCGUCGGUGGGUGCUGUACAUCUUUAUCAUAUGCAUCUCGUUCAUUGGCGCCUACGUGCAGGCCGCCCCGGGCUUCUACGCGCUGGGUAACGCUAUUGUCUGCAGUACGAUUUCAGUGUGCACGCAGUACACGAACCAGAACGCCGCCAUGGUGCGUAUCCAACAGAACUGCUUCGCGAUUCUCAUGUACUUCGCGGUAGUGACCAUUUUGUGGCCGAUGCGGGCUCGCACCAAGGUGAAGAUGAGUCUCAACUUUUCGCUGCGCUGCGCGCGCGAGUCCAUCACACGCAUGCUGCGCAACCUGGACAUGCCCUACGACCCCAGCGAGGUCACCGCGGAUGUCUCGGCGCUGCUGCUGGAGAUGAAUAAGAAGGUGCGGACGCAGGUGCGGUUCAUACCGGGCGCCAUCGAGGAGCCGACGAUGGGCUCCGUGGAGUACCCGGAAGACGCGUGGAAGCGCAUCGUGGAGGCGGAGCGGAAGCUGUGGCUGGCGCUGUCGAUGAUGCGCUUCGCCUAUCACACCUUCAUGUCCAGCCGCGCCGACUCGACGAUGGAGUUGUCCGUGCACUGGGUGGUGCUGCAUCGCAUCUCUCCUCACGCCCGCGACCUGUCCGACCUCAUUUACGCAGCCAUCGACCUCUACUUGCUGUCGCUGAGCAACACGACGGUGGUGCCGACGUCCCACCUGACCCGCCUGCGCGUCGGGAUGGUGGAGGCGCACAAGGCGAUUGAGGACACCUACAUCCGCACCAUCACGCGCAAGGUGGCGGGUGAGGAUAGCGACGACGAGGAUGAAGAGGGUGAGGAGGACAGCGGCUCCUUCCGCAGCUCCUACGCGGAGGACGAUGACUACUACGACCCCAGCUACGGUGGCCACGGUGAGGGCAGUCCCGGCAGCAGCGGCCAUCCCCCUCCCACCACGAACAACCGCACCUUUUCUUCUGGGGCUGGGCUGGACAAGAGCAACAACAACAAUAACGGUGGUAGCGGUGGCGGCGGUGGCGAUGGAGGCGCGGGCGGUGGGGAAGGAAAGAACGACACCAACGGUGCGAGUACUUCUGUGCUUAAGAAGAGCACCAACGACGACAGGGACAAGCACGAGGCGAACACUGCGGGGCAGAAGAAGGAGGAGACCCGCCGCAAGAAGGCGACACACCGCCGCGCAGACAGCGACUCCUCUGACUCCUCGAGUGAUGCGUCGUCGUCUGACAAGAGUGCCCACAACGACGAGGAGCAUCACAAGAAGAAGGGCAAGAAGAAGAAGAAGGGUUACUUGGGCUACGAACUCACCAAGGACGAGGAGGCCGCACUGCGGGCCUUUGUCUCCAACCGCGUCGGGAACAACACCUUCGGGACUAACAAGUCGAUGCUGGGGAACACCACUUUCAUGAGCCGAAACACCGGUGUCUCCAUGACGGCGGCGGCGGCGGCCGCAGCGGUGAGUGGUGGUGGGGCGAAAGGCUCCAUGGCCGGCUCCCCUCCGCAGGUCAAUAACGAUGCGCGGCUGAUGGCCGUGCGCGGCGGCGACGACGGCUUGGCGGCUGAGCUGCGCAAGAAGCACAACAUCGCCGUGAAGAAAGACAAGGACGACGACCACGCGGACAAGGACGGGAAUGACGGCGACAACGAUGAUAAUAACAAAACCUUUGGCGGGAAGUCGAAGGCGGGCGAGGAGCCGCACGUGGAGCACCUCGAGAGCCUGAACCUCUCCAACAAGUCCUUUAUCAAAAAUCAUCCCGUUCUCAAGAACGCUUCUUUCCUGGGCAGCCUGUUCAACAAGAAGCCGAAGGAGGCGCACGACCUCGACGCUGAGGAAAUGCAAGGCGACGACGUCAGCAGCACCACCGCCGCAUCCAAGAAGGGAAAGAAGAGCAAAAAGGACGGCGGGCGCAAACCACGUCGCAACUCGUCCGCGAUGGCCCGCAAAGGGAAGCGAGAGAAAAACGGUGGCGACGAGACGUCGAGUGGGCACAGCACCCCGAGCACGUCCUUCACGCGCUCUCACCGCGGCAUUCGCAGCGAUCGGCACAGCGCCACAAGCGACUUCAGCGACAUCGAAGACGACCCCCGGCCAAAUCGCAAGUCCGGGGCGCGGACCAAAAGCGUAGGGGCUGCCGCCGCAGGAGCCACAGGGAAAGAGGGCAAAGCAGGCGGACGACUGUCCAUGGCGUUCUCGAUGCCAGCGGUGCUGUCGCCGAAGCGGCACACCGGCAGUGAUGCCGCCACGAGCCCGCUCGGGGAGGGCGGAGCCAAUGUGGAUGGCAAGCACGUGCGCAUGGCCAGCUCGACGCCGGUGGUGUCCGGUGCCGGCCGCGCGGCGGGCGUGUUGGGCGGCGUGGCAGAGCCCGGUAACGCGCUGCCGGGGAAGGUGAUGGGCGGCCCACCGACGCUGCCACCCAACGCAGCCCACACCGGGUCCUUUGGCACCGUCGCCACGGUCGGCGCCCACUCCGCCGAGGACGCAAACUCACCUUUUGGGGUGACGCCGCUGGAGGGCAAGGAGGGUCGGGGGUCGCCGCAGCAGGAGCCACCGCCGGCAGCGGCGGACGAUGCGGCCCAGCACCCCGCCGGCAACAGCGGCGGCAGCACCCCUGAGGAGGAAGAACGCAAGGCGGGCAGGAAGAUGGACAGCCGCGACAGCUCGAACCUCACCGGCAGCACGGAGAAGAAGAUCCUGGUCGGCGGCGAUGGGGAGGGCGGCACCACGCACAGCAGCUCUGACGAAAAGGACGCGCACCGAAGCGGCGACACCCCCGACGGACUCGAGAAGGCCCCGGCAUCUCCGCACAAGGAAAAGAAGAGCGUUAAGACUGACACCAAGAAGGAGAGGAAGAGCUCGGCAGGUGCGCAGGACGCGGACGAGGCCUCCUCCCGCCAGGUAGCUGCCACCUAUGGGAGCCAAAGCAUGAACAGCAUGCGCUACCCCCCGCCCCAGUCCACGAGCCAUGCGGGGGGUGACGGAAAGCCAGACCACAGCGCCGAUCGCACGGCGGAGCUGCUACAGAGCGUGCAGGACGGCGAGCCAGACCCCAUGAGCCACUUCGACGAGAGUGAAGUACUGAACAACAUCUCCUUCUUCGACCCCGAGAAGGGCGAGUUUGUGCUGACGAACCAUGACAUUCACAGCUUAGAAGCCUUCCUGUUUGGUACGCAGGCGCUGGUGACGUACAUUAACGAGCUGCAAAAAGCUAUACUGGAGAUGCAGCACGAGACGGAACUCGCGAAGCGUUUGUGA